GCCGUCGUGCAGCCUCCUAAGGGCCGCUUCCUGGCCCGGCCAAUGGGGGAGCGCGUUGCUGGCCGGUGCCGGCAACGUCGCGCUCUGAGGGGACCCUCGGCGGCGUCGGCCCGGCAUGGGCGGCCCGCGCUCCUCUCCGGCGUCCCUUCGCUGAGCAGCCAUGGCCGGCCCUUCCCGAGACCUGGUGGGCACCGACGUCUUCGACGAGGCCGUGCGGAGCACCUGUGACGUCGCCUCCCACUGCAAGCGGUAUGCUGUAAGUGUUGGCUACUGGAAAGACCCUUACAUUGAACAUUUUGUAAGCCAUCCAAAAGAAAGGAAGGCACCUGAAAUCAGCCGUGGGUAUUAUGCCCGGGUCCAAGGAGUUGGUCGUUUACUUAAGGCUUUCUUAGAAAAGACAAAAUGCAAUUGCCAAAUUAUAAAUCUUGGUGCCGGCAUGGAUACUCUGUUUUGGAAAUUAAAGGAUGAGAAUCUUCUUCCUUUGAAAUACUUUGAAGUUGAUUUUCCAUCUAUAGUAUCAAGGAAAAUUCACUACAUCAAAUCAAAGCCUCCUCUCUCCAAACCGAUCAUGGAAAGCCAUUCAGGGGAGACUGUUCUCAUAGACGCACAUAGUUUGGAUACCAGCCGAUAUGCCAUCGUUGGAGGUGAUCUUCGAGACCUGCCCAAAUUGGAAGAACAGCUGAAGAAAUGCCACAUGGAUCCAGAUUUGCCAACGCUCCUGAUGACGGAAUGUGUGCUGAUCUACAUGACCACGGAGCAUUCAGGUGGCCUCAUCAAGUGGGUGACAACCACGUUUCGGUCUGCCAUGUUUAUCAACUAUGAGCAGGUGAAUAUGUUGGAUCGCUUUGGACAGAUCAUGAUUGAGAACUUGCAGAGCAAGCAGUGCGAGCUGGUUGGUGCAGAUGCUUGCAGAUCUCUGGAGACCCAGAAGGAACGGUUCCUGCAACAUGGCUGGGAAACAGUAAAUGGUCUUGAUAUGCUGAAGGUCUAUCAGAGUUUGCCAUCAGAUGAGAUCAAAAGGGUAGAGGCACUUGAGUUUCUGGACGAGAAGGAACCAUUUGAGCAGCUCAUGCAACAUUACUGCCUGUGCUGGGCUAUCAAGGAUUCCCAGAAUUUAGCUCAUGUCUUAGGUGAAGAAAAGAAAGUCAAAUGGUCCGCCAACCAGUGUUUGUCAGCAGAAGUCCAAUAAGGGCAAAUAUAACUAUUUACUUCUUCUAACUCUGGUCAAACAAGCCAAUCUUAUAAAUCUUAUUUAAAUAUUUAAAAAAUAUUCUUUAAACCAUUCAAAAAGUGACCCAGAGGUAAUUUGCUAAUCAUCUGUUUCAAAGCAAUAAUUCUUCAGAACAGAUUUCUUUUGUAUGAACAAGUACAAUUUAUUCUUUUGUUGUCAUUUUUUAAAAAGACUUUUCAAAUCUUAGCACAGGUCUUUUGUAUAUCCAGAAGAAAAAAAAUAUCUAAAUCAGCUUCAUGGUUUAAUAUCUCCUUUAGGGAACAAGUUACCCAUCACAUUUAUUUGUAUUCCAUUUAAAUCCCCCUUCAAUUUAAUUUCAUUGCCAUCCAUUGCAGCUCAUUCUUGUUUUACAACUUCCUUAAGGGCACACUCUAUCAGUUUCAUCAUGUGCUUGAUCCGUUCUGUCCAGAAGCUUGCACUUUUCAAAAAUUUACACUUAAGGCAGGGGUGUCAAAUUUGCAUCAUCAUGGCGGCAUCAUGUGAUAUAUCGCGACUUUCCCCCCCUUCGCUAAACCGGGCAUGGCUAUGGUCAGUGUGUGAUGCAUCCGUCCCUUGGGCCACAAGUUUGAUAGCCCUGCACUAAGGUACUCAAUAGUUUUUUAAAAAAAGCAAUCUCCAUUUGCCAUGAAAAAAUAUCUAUUAAGUAAUUCAAAGCUAUAAUUCCAAAUCCCUCUGACGUCUUAAUCUGUUGUUAAGUUUUCAAAAUCCAGCAGCAUCCUUUUGCUUCGUAGUCCAAAAACCAUACAUUUGUAAAAGAUUUAAAAUCAAAUUUAUACCAACUCUUUUAAGGACACAGAAACUUACCAGUGAGUCCAGUAAAACCUUGCUAGUCCGAUGUGUUUUAAUUGCUCCAAUACACAAAACAUAAAAUAAUGUAAAAAGGUGAUUUAAGAUCUAAGGCUUGGUUGAGCUUAAUGUCUAUAUAGGCUGCUCUGCAAAUGUUAGCUUGAUGUUAUCCCAACUCCCAGCCACUCCAUUCAUAAGUCAACCUUUAAAAUGGCAGUUUCUGCGUCUGCUCGUGAGGAGCUCCUGUCCGGAGAGUCAUGUGGAUGAUCUCAACCGUCUCCCCUCAGAUCCAGCAUCUGCUUGGGAUCCUCCUUACAAAAGCUGUCUUUUAGCCAGCAGAAGCUAGUAAGAUGUGCAUUCACCGUGGUUCUCCCUACAAGUGUCCUGCUUAGAUGAGGGUUUUCAGACUGCAUUGGGAGGCCCUGGAAGGUUCUGAUGGGCUUCCAGGAGAAUCUAAGGGCAAAAAAAUGCUCACCCAGUUACAGAUUCCUGUUACUAGAUCUUCGCUUCUUGAUUGGGGGUUUUGGGAUAUAGAUUUUUCUGCUUAAAAAAAUGUGAAAGCCCCAAUUUCUCCCAUCUUU